AUGUCAUCAACUUCAUCACAACAUUCAGGUAAAGAAGGCGCUUCUUUUAAAGAGAAUGGCCACAAAGUAUCAAAAGUUCAUAUUCAUGGUGACGGAGGUGAAUAUGUCACUAUAAAUGGCCAGAAGUUCUAUCGUCAUGAGUUGAUGGCAGCAUUCGGUGGUACUUUGAAUCCAGGUGUUAGUCCAUAUCCUGAAAACAAUAUUAAUCCAGCUCCCGUUGGAUUAUCUGGAUUCGCUUUGACUACAAUAGUUUUGAGUUUAUACAAUGCACAGGCUAUGGGUAUCAAUGUUCCAAAUGUUGUGGUUUCAUUGGCUUGUAUGUACGGAGGAACAGUUCAAUUCAUUGCCGGACUUUUGGAAUUUGUAACCGGAAAUACAUUUGGUUUUACAGCUUUAACUUCAUAUGGUGCCUUUUGGAUCAGUUAUGCAGCUAUAUUUAUUGAAGCUUUUGGAAUUCAAGAAGCAUAUGCAAAAGAUCCUUCACAAAUGGAAAAUGCGGUUGGUUUUUUUUUAAUAGCAUGGGCUAUCUUCACAUUUAUUUUAGUGUUGAACACACUUAAAUCAACGAUUGCCUUUUUCAGCUUAUUUUUCUUCUUAUUUAUUACGUAUUUGCUAUUAGCUGGUGGUGCAUUCUCUGGCCAUGUUGGUGUUACUCGUGCUGGAGGGGUUUUUGGGGUGAUUACUGGAUUUAUUGCUUGGUACAAUGCAUUCGCUGGUACUGCAACGAAGGUAAAUUCCUACAUUGUCGCCCAUCCUAUUCCGUUACCUGUUUACAAGAGGGACUAA